UGUGUAAGUGUGUGAGGACUCACAGUGCUUCAGCCACUUCUCCCACUGCGCCUCUGAUGCACCGAGAGUCCUCGGAUUUCUGGAAUUACCGGCUGGAAAUGUCUGACUCGGCCAAACCACUGACUUCCUUCCUCAUUGAGGACAUCCUCUCCAACAAGGACAGCGCGCGAUUUAAUGAUAAAUGCUGCUCGCAGAAGGAGGAAAGAUGUUCGCAGUGGAAUGAAGAACCAGGAAAGUUUUCACCACAUUUCUGUCUUCAGGAAACAGCCUUUGGAUUACAGACAGAAUCUCUGGACACAUCGUGUCCCAGCUCCUCAGAGUCAACUUUGCCCUCUCCCGGAAAGCAGAAGCGCUCCAGAGCUGCGUUUACACACCUCCAAGUGCUCGAACUGGAGAAGAAAUUUAAUCACCAGAAAUACCUGUCGGCCCCAGAGAGAGCUCAGCUGGCCAGAACCUUAAGACUAACCGAGACCCAGGUGAAAAUCUGGUUUCAGAACAGGAGGUACAAAACGAAGCGGAAGCAGCAGACAUCAGAGUUUUGUAAGGAUUUGUACAAAGCAGAAGGACUGGGUCUGAAAGAGGAUUCGGUCAGAUCAUCACUGAUCACUUCCUUCUACAAAGCCUACCAAUACAGACCCUACCUGUGGGACUACAGUGGCCCCUGGGGCCCAGUGUUAUGGUGAAAAUAAAUGUAUAACUAUAAAGUUUAUCAUCUCCGAGCUUCUAAAAUCUAUGUUCACUGUCACAGUUGAUUCUUUGUCAGAUUUGGAAUACGAUGUUUGCUCAUGUGUUGACUUUAUCCAUCUCGUGGAGUGAGUUCGCUCAUGAAAAUGUGCUAUCGUACAAAUCUUGCUGUAUGGAUAUGACAUGGGUUUGCACAGCCAACUUGUGACAUUGUUGAUUAAUAAAUUAUUAAUAAAUUAAUGCUUAUACAUUUAACCUUUGUUAAGAGUGCUUAUUU